AUGAUUGUAGUCCCCGGAUCUUCUGCCAUCACAGCUUCUCGAAGAAAUGUCCUGCUCAAGGCAUUUCACGCUCAUAUUCCCGCCAUUACUUCGGUAGAUGCAGUCCAUCUCCAUCUCGUCAAUCCAACUUCUGAAGAGUCUGCCACCCUCCUCGCUGACGAAUCAUCAAAGGAAAGAUCGAUUCUCAACGCUUUGCUAGCUUAUGGCGAUUACGAGCAAUUAGAUUCCACCAAAGUCUUCAUUGAAACUGGAUUAAAGAGCUCAUCAGGUGCCACCAUCUCCGCAUUAUACAUCCUUCCUAGAGCUGGUACAAUAUCGCCAUGGUCUUCAAAAGCUACCGACAUCGCAAAGAUCUGCGCAUUAAAAGAACAUGUUGCCCGUCUGGAACGAGGAGCUCUGUACUUAUUUACCUCGUCCGAACCUAUAUCUCUUCCUACUAUCCACCACGAACUUCACCUAAUUCACGAUCGAAUGACUCAACUUGUUCAUACUUCUUUGCCACCUUCCGCCACUGUAUUCCCUCCUGUCCCACCCCAUCCAUCACCGCUCAUCACUGUUCCCAUCAUCGGUGCUUCCGACCCGACUGCCGUCCUUGGAGGAGCCAAUGCUCGUCUUGGUCUCGCUUUAUCCGACACCGAAAUACCUUAUCUUGUCGAGUCAUUCCUCGCCGCUGGACGAAAUCCCACGGACGCCGAGCUCUUCAUGUUCGCUCAAGUGAAUUCGGAACAUUGUCGACACAAGAUCUUCAACGCCAAGUGGACUAUUGAUGGAAAAGAUAAGGAGAACAGUUUAUUCGGAAUGAUCAGAAAUACUGAGAAGGUAGUCAACUCUGCUGGUACUAUUUCCGCUUACGAGGAUAACGCUGCUGUGAUGGAAGGAUAUGAAGCACCUCGAUUUGCUGUAAACGGCAAAGAGGACUGGGCGUACGCAUCAAAGAUGGAAGCUAUACCGGUUCUCAUCAAAGUCGAAACUCACAAUCACCCUACCGCCGUUUCACCCUACCCUGGUGCGGCAACUGGCUCAGGAGGUGAAAUCCGAGAUGAAGGUGCAACAGGUCAAGGUUCUAAGCCUAAAGCUGGUCUUGCUGGAUACACUACCUCAGAUCUCUUGAUUCCUGACUUCGUGCAACCCUGGGAAUCAGAUGUCGGUAAACCAGCUCAUAUUGCGUCUGCUUUCGACAUCAUGAUUGAAGCUCCCCUUGGUGCUGCGGCGUUCAACAACGAGUUCGGACGACCUGCUCUUGGUGGUUACUUCAGGACUUUCCUUUUAGAAGCUCCUACUGCUAGUGGCGAAAAAGAAUGGAGAGGUUACCAUAAGCCAAUCAUGAUCGCUGGUGGUCUUGGUAAUGUCAGACCUCAAUACGCCAGAAAGGACAAGAUCACUCCUGGAUCAAAGGUUAUUGUUCUGGGUGGUCCUGGUAUGCUUAUUGGGCUAGGAGGUGGUGCAGCUUCUUCUAUGGCCAGUGGUGCCAGCUCAGCAGAUCUCGAUUUCGCUUCCGUUCAAAGAGAGAACCCUGAGAUGGAACGUCGAUGUCAACAAGUCAUCGAUGCAUGUGUUGCUCGAGGCGACGGUGCUGGAAACCCAAUUGAGUCGAUCCACGAUGUCGGCGCCGGUGGUUUAUCCAACGCUCUUCCCGAACUUGUACAUGACUGUGGUCUUGGUGCUGUAUUCGAGAUUCGCGAUGUACUAGUCGAUGAUCCCGGCAUGUCACCGAUGGAAAUCUGGUGUAAUGAAUCUCAAGAGCGAUACGUACUGGCUGUCACUCCCGAAAACCUGCCAGUCUUCGAGGAAAUCUGUAAACGAGAAAGAUGCCCAUUCUCUGUGGUCGGUACCGCCACCGAGGAAGAGAGGCUUGUCGUUACCGAUCGAUUACUGGGUGACAAUGCUAUCGAUAUUCCAAUGCCUGUUCUUUUCGGCAAGCCCCCUCGAAUGCAUCGACAAGCAACCUCCAUCAAUCCAACCCGAGAGGCAUUCGACUCUUCCCUUUUCACCUAUCUCCCCGUUUACCAAGGCGCACCUACAACUUCCCUUAUCGCUGAGACUGUCAACCGAGUUCUCCGACUGCCAAGUGUGGGAUCCAAAUCUUUCCUUAUCACAAUCGGUGAUCGUAGUAUAACUGGUCUUGUUGCUAGAGACCAAAUGGUCGGCCCCUGGCAAGUACCUGUAGCCGAUGUUGCCGUAACCCAGGCAUCAUACGGUUUUGACACUGUCGUGGGAGAAGCAAUGGCCAUGGGCGAAAGAACUCCCCUUGCUUUGCUUAAUGCAGGUGCUUCCGCUCGAAUGGCAAUCGGCGAGUCUCUUACAAAUUUGGCCGCUUCUUCGAUUGAAGACAUUGGCAAGAUCAAGCUUAGUGCAAAUUGGAUGUCUGCCGCCUCGCACGAGGGCGAAGGUGCCAAACUGUACGAGGCAGUUCAAGCUGUCGGUAUGGACUUGUGUCCUAAACUUGGUGUUGGUGUGCCUGUCGGGAAGGACUCCAUGUCUAUGUCAAUGAAAUGGGCAGGAGCCAAGGGCGAACAGAAGCAAGUGACUGCUCCUCUUUCACUCAUUGUGACAGCUUUCGCUCCCGUCAAUCACGUCGACAGAACCUGGACUCCCCAGUUACAGACAGAUGCUGGUGACAGUGUGCUUGUUUUUGUUGACCUCGCUAGAGGUCAACAAAGACUCGGAGGAUCUGCUCUUGCGCAAGUUUUCAAACAACUUGGAUCGGAAGCACCCGACGUCGAAGAUGCUGCCGACAUCAGGUCUUUCUUCGCUGCCGCCCAAACUCUCAAAUCUUCCGACACCGUCUUGGCUUACCACGAUCGAUCUGACGGUGGUUUGUUCACCACUGUGGUUGAAAUGGCCUUUGCCGGUCGAUCAGGUGUUGAAGUAUCACUUGACGCUAUCAAUUCGAACGGCGAUGCUAUCGCAUCUUUGUUCAACGAAGAGCUGGGUGUGGUGAUGCAAGUACGAACUGCCGAUAUACCAACAUUCACCGAUGCCUUUGUCAAAGCUGGUUUCCCAACACGACAUAUCCACGUUAUCGGUCGGGUCCUUGGUCGAGAAGAUCAAUCAAUCAACCUCAUUCACAAUUCGGAAGCUAUCUAUACGUCAACUAGGGGAGCUCUGCAACAACUCUGGGCUGAAACCUCCUAUCGGAUGCAAGCGGUUCGAGACCAACCUGAAGGUGCUAAAGAAGAGUUUGAAGCGAUUCUUGACAACGAAGAUGAAGGUAUACAAUUCGAGGUGCCCUACCAAUUCUUGCCUGAUGUCAAUGCCAAUUCUCGACGCUUCCAACCUCCUCGAGUUGCCAUUCUUCGAGAACAAGGUGUCAACGGACAUAUCGAAAUGGCUUGGUCAUUCCACGCUGCAGGGUUCGAAGCUGUCGACGUUCACAUGUCCGAUAUCAUCUCAUCAAGAGUCUCACUUUCUUCCUUUGCUGGUCUAGCAGCUUGUGGAGGGUUCUCAUACGGUGAUGUCCUCGGAGCUGGUAAUGGAUGGGCAAAAUCAGUUCUACUCAAUGAAGUUGCCCGAAAAGAUUUCUCAGCAUUCUUCCAAAGAGAGGACACUUUCGCUUUGGGCGUUUGUAAUGGAUGUCAAUUCUUCUCACAACUCAAAGAGAUCAUACCCGGCACCGAAGCCUGGCCAGCAUUCAAAGCCAAUCGAUCUGAGAGAUUUGAAGGCAGAGUAUCGACAAUACAAAUCGAGAAGUCUGCAGCUGAGAACUCGAUUUUCUUCAAUGAUAUGGCUGGUACAAUCAUCCCAGUAGCUGUAGCCCAUGGAGAAGGAAGAGCUUCAUUCGUUUCUACUGGAUCUCUUGAUUCAUUAAAUCGAGAUCGAUUAAUACCUGUAAGAUAUGUGGAUAGUAAAAAGAACAUAGCAACUACAUAUCCUAAAAACCCUAACGGAUCACCAGAAGGAAUAGCCGCCGUUCAAAGUAAAUCAGGAAGAGUAUUAGCUAUAAUGCCUCACCCGGAAAGAGUAGUAAAUCUAACGAGUAAUUCUUGGUUCCCCAAAGAAUUGGCCAAGUCAACUCAAGGCAAAGGUCCUUGGUUUAGGUUGUUCCAGAACGCUUAUAAAUUUGCUAUUGAUCAAAGAAAUUAA